AUGCCAAAUUUAUCAGGUAUUGAUUCUAAAAGAUUAACAAGAGAACAAUUAUUAUCUGAAUUGAAAAAACAAAAUAUCAAUGUUAUCAAUACUGCUAAUGCUAAAAGAGAUGAACUGAUUAGAGAAUUAGAACUGACCUUGAUUAAUGAAACAGAAAUAAUACAAUAUGAUUCUGAAAAUCCAGCAAAUCAAAAUAUUAUAUGUAAGCAAAAAUAUGGUAAAAAAAGAGGUGAAAAACGUAUAUCUAAAAGAGUAUGGAAACUUUUAGAAAAAUAUUUUUUGGAAGGAAAUGUUGAUAAAAGUAAAAGAUUUAUCACUACUACUAUGUUAGAAAAUCUCAGAAGAAAAGUUAAAGAAGAGUUAAAUGAAGAAGAAAUUCCAAAACUACAAACUAUUCAAGGUUGGAUAUCCCGUUAUUCAGCAUAA